AUGGGUUGUAUGAAGAGCAAGUCGAUGGUCAAAGUCACUCAAUCCUCAGACCAGGAAGCAGUCAAAAGCUCUAAAUGGAAAUUUCUCAGGACGAUGAUCGGGAAAAUCCUUGAGGCGGAGCUGGACGAUUGUGAACCGGAGGAGUUUGUGGCACUGUUGAGGACGCCGACCGACUACAUGUUCUCAGCCCUUAAAAAGAAACUAAAGAACGCUGACCGUGAGUGGACGCACGGGUUUCUGAAUUGUGGGGGUCUGGAUGUCCUGUUGGAUGCUGUGGACAUUAUCAGCCAUCGACGAGUGACGAAAUUGUCGGCAGCGUUGACGCUUUUUGCGUGUGUUUCGUGCAUCACCAAACUGGUCAAUUCACCGACGGGACUGUCUUUCUUCGUUCAGCAUGGCAGUUACACCAAGAGACUGGCCAAGGCAUUGGACACAGGCGAGGUUAUGGUGAAGAAACAAGUGUUGGGGUUGAUGUCAGCGCUGUGUGUGUAUUCCAGUGAGGGAUACGACCUGAUCAUGGAUGCUCUGGACAGUUUUAAGACAACAAAGAAACAAAGAUAUCGUUUCAGUUUGAUCGUAAACGAACUCCGAACGGCGGAAAUGACGGCGUACCGCACGAGAUUGCUGACCUUUGUGAACUGCAUCAUUGUGGCCAAUGAAAACCUAGAAGAAAGAGUGAGGAUUCGUAAUGAAUUUAUCGGUUUAAACAUCCUGGACUUAAUCAACGAUCUACGGAACGAAGAUGACGAUGACUUGAUCAUUCAGUGCGAUGUUUUUGACGAGGAGAAGCAAUCUGAUGAUGAGGAAAUGACGAUUUUGUAUCCGUCCUGUGUCGAUAUCAACGAUCAUAAGGAAGUCUUCAAUGCUAUAUACCACAAGGUGUACAAUACCCCUGUCGCCGACGUGUUUCUGCAUGUGUUACAAGCUAUGCUGCAGAUUGAACCAGAAAACCCACUUUGUGACGUUCAAUGGAAAGCUGUAGAGACGUCAGUAAAACGAUCUAUUCUGAUAGACGAAACACGUGUUAACCGGACAGAGGUGGGCAGGAUGGAGACAUCACCUAUAAAACCUAGGGCGUCCAAGGCAGUUCAAACAAAUCCUGUAACAAACCCUGAACAAUCCGUACCCUCAACAACCAGACAAACUGUUGAGUUGAACCCACAUAUUUGUCCAUCGCCACCACCAGACCAAGUACCACCUCCUCCUCCUGCACCAUCACCACCACCACCAGACUGUGUAUCACCACCAGCACCUCCACCACCACCACCACUACCUGGUUAUAUACCUCCCCCAGCACCACCACCUCCAGGAUCGGGAAUUCCACCACCUCCAGCACCACCACUACCAGGACAGGGAAUUCCACCACCUCCAGCACCACCACCACCACUAACAGGACCGGGAAUUCCACCACCGCCACCACUGCCAGGACAGGGAAUUCCACCACCUCCACCACCACCACCUAGCCUUGGUCCGCCUCUUGGCCCUGGAAUUCCACCGCCGCCACUACCACCUGGGGCACCGAAACCAUCAACAUCAUCCAUCAAUCCCUCAACGUCAGGUACUCCAACUCCAAAGCAAAAAAUGAAGACUGUCAACUGGAAGAAACUUCCACCUCGAUCUAUUUCAUCUUAUGAAAAUGUUUGGAAAAAAGUGCAUGGUAUACCGACUGUAGUACCUGUGAAAUACGAAGCCUUAGAACAGUUAUUCUGCCAGAAACUAAUCCAGAAGACGAAACAAAACAAAGAAACUAGACGCCCGAAAGAGAUCUUACUACUCGACAACAAACGGAGCAUGAACGUCAACAUUUUCCUGAAACAAUUUAAGUGCAGUCACAGAGAAAUUAUAUCUAUGAUCGAAGCUGGCGACACAAACGCCAUUGGACAGGAACGUUUGCUUGGUCUCCAAAAGAUACUUCCGGACGCUGACGAGGUUAACAUGUUGAAAGAUUUCAAAGGAGACAAGGAAAGACUUGGAAACGCGGAGAAAUUCUUCGAAACACUCAUUCAGUUGCCAUCAUUUAGAACGCGAAUUGAAGGCCUGGUUCUGAAAGAGGAAUUUCGGGUUACCUUAGAUACACUCAUUCCAAACAUCGCUGUAUUUGCGAGCACCUGCCAACAUCUCUUAGAAAACGAGUCAUUCCAAGUAUUUCUUCGUUAUGUUUUGCAGUCUGGGAAUUUCAUGAAUGCGGGAAAACACAAUGGAAAUGCUAAUGGUUUCCGGAUUGACAGCUUGAAUAAAUUGAUGGACACUCGAGCUAACAAGCCUCGGGUAACUCUUCUUCACUAUCUCGUGGAGGACGCUGAAAAGGAGAAUGAAGACGCUUUAUCGUUUGUGGGUGAACUGUCCUCCGAUUUAACGAAAGCCUCAAAGAUGACGGUAAAAGAAUUAAAAGCGGAAGUAAAAGAGACCAACGCAAGAAUCUCCAAACUCCAUAAAAGUAUCGAAAAAUGUUCUGAUGAUGUGAAGAACCAGUUCAAAACCUUCAUAGACGAUGCCAAACAGGAAAUGACGUCAUUGGAGAAGGGAUUAAACAAGAUAGAUGAUCUAACAAAAGAUCUUAUCAAAUAUUUCUGUGAAAAUGAGGAAAGUUUUAAAAUCGACGAAUGUAUCAACGACUUGAAUAAAUUCUGCGAUCAUGUCAAACGAUGCCAAAAGGAAAAUCUACAACGAAAAGACCAAGAAGAAAAGGCGGAACGCAGAAGAAACCAAAUACAAGGAACAGCAAAGAAACGUACCAAUAAUAACCCAGCAGUGGUAGAUCCGGACAAGGAAGAAUGUAUCAUAGAUCGUUUACUACAGGACAUUCGCAAGGGCACUAACCUUCGGAAAACAAGACCAGUCAGCACAAUUCUAAAUUAUACAUAAAUAAGACCAGCACAAUUAUAAAUCAUACAAAACAAGGCUAGCUCAAUUCUAAAUACAUGUGUAAUAUAAAACAAAGCUAGCACAAUUCUAAAUCCUACAAAAACAUGAAUAGUACAUUUCUAAAUCAUACAAAAACAUGAACAACACAUUUCUAAAUCAUACAAAAACAUGAACAGCACAUUUCUAAAUCAUACAAAAACAUGAACAACACAUUUCUAAAUCAUACAAAAACAUG